GGAAGAUGCAUAGCAUCUGAGGAGACCGUCAGGUAAAGAGUUGUAGUGUCUUAUUAUGGCACUGCUAGCGUUGUCUGCAAAACGUAAAUCUAAAUUUUAGUAUCGCUAUCUUAUAAUCAGUUUUCACACGUUUUCAUAAUCAUAAACUGCAUAGCCAACAUAAGUAUCUAAGAACUACAUCGGCAUAACAUAUGUAUAAGUACUUGAACUAACCUAUCGAUUAUGAUCUGGUGGAUCUAGAUUUAGUCGAAUUUUUGUCCUUGCAAUUCUUUCAUUGGAAUGAUUUUUUGUAUUUAUUUAUUCUUGAAGAUUUUCACUUGAAUGAAUAUUUAUAUUAAUUUUUCUGUUCUUCUUGCUUGCUAGUGCAUCUUCCACCUAGAAGUAAGUUGGUUCUAGGUGCGUUUCAAUCUCGUUCAACUAUUAAUAAAAAAUUACUUUGUGCCAUGAAAAUAUAUAUGCCCCCGCGAUCUACUUCUAUCUAGCAAAAGUAAAAUUAACAUGUAGUGGGUCGUCUUCGUCUAGUGCUGGCUUUUCUUUCGUAAGCAGGUGGGUUUCUUCUGGCAGCAGUGGCGAGAGUCUAUCAAACGCGAGGAACGAGAGAAAGACAAGAACCGAAAGGACAACGGAGACGGGCAAGCGAGCAAGAGCGACAACUUCUACCAAAAAGACAAGGAGUGCGUACUACCCCAAGUACGUCGUCAGCAGCGAUGUCACGGGUGCAGAUAGCUUCUGGUCGUUUCCCGAUAGGACGGCAGACGCAGGCUAGUGUAGCGAAGAUGAGCAUCUUCACGCACCUGCGGAGCACGACGUUCGCGUCGUUGCUGAAAAAAAAUGCAUGGUUUGUCUUUUUCCUACAUCUACCGUGGAGUUCGCUGGCACGAAACGAAAUUGGACUAGACCUACUUGAUAACGGGCAACACGAGGACCUACAUCAAUUACAUCUUCAAUCAAAGAUCGAUCGCGACCGACAUCUACUUCUCUUCGGAAAAGAAGAUCCCUACCCUAUCGGGACGAGGGCAUCUAGUAAUGCAGGAAGUUCUUUAGUGCCACGACAUCAAGAACGGCGUGCUCGUCAAGAAGAAGCGAGGCGUGGAAGGAAACGAUUGACGGUUCCGCAAGAAAGUCUAGUUGAAGCGAGUCCUCGUGGAAACACACGACUCAAAGUCGAUGGAGGAAGAAGCAGUCCAACCUCACCGAGAACAGGGAAAGAAACAAGAACCAUAUGGAGGAGAAAUCAUCAAAGAGGAGUCUCUAGGGCAUCAUCAGCAAACAAAGAAAGGCCAAGGCAAAGCGAUCUUCAGGCUAUGCCGCAUACUAGAGAACAAAAUGAUCUCGAGGAUGUGUUCGACGAGGACCCAUUGUUUCCCCAAGCUGGCACUGAGCUACCCCACUUGUUGCGGUCUGGGCGCUCAGCAACAGUCUACACCCCACCACUGGCAGGUGGCUAUACCAAGCAUUUACAAGUUCCGAAUCAACCUAUGGGAACAACUCGUUUACACCCGCCAUUGGGUCUCACCGGUCUGGUUUCUUCCCCUCGGACAAGUAGUCAAGUAUCGGCACAGCAUGAGUUGCAAGAUGGUCUAAGUCGGAAUGGCGUGGACUUGCACUUGCAGCAACUGUCCUCUCAAGGACUGAGUUUAAGGCUUCACAUCAUAUCAUAAUAAUCCAUCUUCAACAGAAGCAUCCCUCCCCCUCUUCCCCGUCAGAAGCCUCUUCAGGAUGCUUCUGAACCUGGACUUCGGUGAGCUCUUCUAAUGAAUCCCUUGCGGCCAAACCAGAGCAUCGCCAACUUCUAUCGGGACUUGCCUCCUCACAGUAAGCAGCAGCUCCAAGCGGGAUCCUUUCCCGGUCUUCUGAAGGACAUGAGGGCAGUCUCGAAUACUCCAGCGCCGCCACCUCCGCAUAUCAAUUCACACGCUCAUGCUGCGCGACCAGUACCAGUGGCACCAUUUCCAGUGGAAGUGGGAGGUGGCAUGAAUGCCCUACCAGUUGUAGAGGAGCAGAAGCUUCAGCUUCAGGGACGAGUAGGAGCGGUUUCUACAUCCCCACCAGGAGCAGUUCUCGCUACACCAAGGACGCCAGCAUUGGUGACAGUCUCAAACGCUCCACAAGUUGUACCUUCACCAAUGGUCUCAAAUACGCGAGUCGAGCAGGAUUACAUUAAGGUUUAUUUGUGAUGUUGAAUCCUGUUCCCGAUUUCAGCGUGGGUAGGUAGUUACUGUAUGGGGCACAGUCUUAUUUGGUCACCCAGAUUUGAAAGAUAUGAAUUAUGGAGUUAAAAUCUACUUGUCUCUACGGCUAUCAGGAGAGAUGGCAACAGAAAAGGGACGCAUGCUCAUGCAAUGUAGUUUGCUACCUAUCUGGAUCGGGUGAUGACUGUGAUAUUUUUUACAGCGAUCUACUUCUACAAUCUACAUCUUCAAGCGCUUCUAACUCUGGUUCAACAAUCCUUUGUCUUGGUGACAGUCUCACGGAGGGUUUCAAUUUGCCAGGAUGGAACCAAUCGCCAGAUCUCUGGGUCAACAAAUUGGCCUCCAAGCUCCUCCACAACCUCCGCAGCAUUCAUCUUAAGAUCAACAUGUUUGUAUGAUUAUAUUUAUACAAGUUACUAUAUCCGGUACCCUGGGGCGAACUAGUGGGUGCACAUAGCGCGAGAACCGAGCACUUCUCUGAGGCAAGCACAGGCCUCGGCCGCCUCUGAUGAGAAGACCUCCAGAGCUGUUGGACGACACGCGGCGCCUAGAAUAGACGGAUCCUACUUAGCUUGGCCAUUACUAUAAUUCUGUACUUAUAUACUUUUUACCUAUCCUUACUUUUUCUUCCUAGUUAGCUUGGCUUCACCCGUAUUUUAUAGUAUAUACAAGUUACUAUAUCUAUAUCAGACUUCAAGAAUAAGGGGGUAGUUAGUAGUUUCUCUAAUAGCAAUGCUAGAUGCGUAUUAGACUUGAUCACGAGUUUCCAACUAAUAUAGCUUUAGUUGAGAGGGAGUGAGGAAAUCAAUAUGAAAGUCGCGUGAAAAAAGGGAUUGAUAUCGAGGAUGUCACAGUCUAGGUGUUCGUAGAAGUAAGAGCAUGUGACGCGCUGUUAGUAGCUAUGUACUGGGUACACCUACACUUUAGUAGCACUAGUGCUAUAGCUAUUGACCUAUUGAUUCUAAUUCUGCGAUCGACAUAAUCAAUGCGGGGAACUCAGGAGCGAUCUCGACUAUAGUAACUGGACGGAAACCACACAGUCUUGUAGGGCCCGGACGGGUAGUCAAGCUGCGCAUGGCAGAUGAUGCCAGAUUAUCUCAGUUAAGACCGGCUCUUCAUGCUAAGUAUUUAGAAUUUUAGCUACUCAGAUCUAUUUUGCCAACUAUCAUGCAAAUGCAAAGAAAUGCAUCAUUGAAAGAAGCAAACGAAAGAACAAUGGCUGUCUCGCGUUGGUGAGGGUUCUCCUUCGUGACUUGUUUCCUGUUUUCAACACAAUUUUUUUGGAAUUUUUAUUUUUCUAAUCGUCACAGAUCGCCUUUCUGCUCAGAGUAGUGACGCCGAUCUCGUUGGGCUUCUCCGCGAGAAAGGAUGGAUUCCACGACUGUCGAGUAGGGAAAAAGUGCUCUUGACUACCAUCUUUUUCGGGACAAACGAAGUUGGAAUGGGUUCUUUUGCUUAAGGCUGUUGCAGUGUAGAGUAGAAAAAGGCUGUGUGAGUAAGUCCGUAUUUCUGCUCUCGAUCUCGAAUGCUGAUAAUUCCUGAAGACAGUUCACGAAGGACCAAUUAUAGAAGAAGUACUCGCAUUCGAUUAAUGCUUGAUUUUUUCCACCUCACAGCGGCAGCACGCAUGAUUCUAAUUUAGAGAUGAGCGGAAAAUUCGGGAAAUGGCGACAAACCUUAACGACAUCGUUGACAGUGCGGCUGAUUUUUCCGACCACGUCUUAUGGUUGCCGCGCGCGCAUCCUUCGACAGCAUCGUUGGCUCUUGUUCUUCGGGCACAAGAGGGCGGCGAUGCUCUAGCUUAUAAGGAUGCGAGAAAGGCAAGAGUAAACCUUCUAAGCGUCAUUGUGAUCUUACCUUUCGUAGAACGGCACGAAACCCUCGGCGCCUUCUACCCUUCAGGUUGGGCACAAUACAAGCAACUCGUUUUGGACCACGUUGCCACAAUACAAGAACGGCAGUUGAAUGGGAAACGCGUCGUGGAUCUGGUAACACAGCUUCUUGAGAGUGCCUACGGUUCUGUUCUUGCUAUUUUCUUUGUCGGUACAACUUAUAGCUUAACGUAGCUGCAGUGCCACGUAUACUUCUAGCCUAAUUAACGUACUAGGAGAUGCAGCACGAAUUGCAAAGUAAAUUAUAGCGUAGGACGAUCGGCAGUUGGAAAAGCAAUAUGGAUGCCGUUUCUGAUGUAGAUUUUCUCCUUCUUAAACACACCUACUAGGUCGAUUUGAACGAUCCACGAGUAUCCGCAUUCGCGGCUGGUGGCAAGUUUUACACCCUGAAAUUAAGGCUUGAGCUUUGUUCGAAUUAAGUUGAUAAUAAGAAAUUGAUCGGCUCACGACCUCGACCACGCAUCAUGUAUUGGAUUAUUAUGCAUAUUAACCAACGUUAAGGAUCAUGUUGUAGUUGCAGAUGUAGUAGACCAUGAUUCAGAUUGUUCUGUGAGUAGUUCUAACGAAGGAUCCAAGCGGUGCCCACGCCCACGAUCGACUGCAUCCAAGCGGAGAGGGGCACGCGGUUAUAUCCGAUUUAGUGUGGAACGUCUUCGAAAUUAUGCCAGGGGUGUGUCGUGUUAGAGGAGUCUGGGGUGUGUAGUAGAACUAGAAGACUCAUCUCGUCUCGUCUGAUACUACAUGAUGGAUGUUGCGAGAGGCGAGCGGAUUUGAUAGCUGUAAAAAAUUUAUAUAUAACAUAUUCAAGCACUGAGUUCCUACUUCUCCGCUUCAAAGCUUACGUCAGGGGUGCGUAGUAGAAGACUCCUCGUCUCGUCUGGCAAGCUCUCGAACAGGAACUACAAUGAAAACAGAAGAUUUUCAUGGGAAGUAGAAGCUCUAAUUUUGAGGGGAUGCGAAAUCCUAAGCCUCAGAAGGUGUUGAAGCAAGACUGGAGUGACGUCGAAAUAACGUCCGGUGAUGCGCAGCUGUACAGCAUUUGAAACAGAGAAGACUACGUGCGAAGAUUAGAUGAGUAGACGCAGGAGGACUACUUGCGACGUAGUCGUCGAUCAAUGCCCUUACUAGAUUUUACGAUCGCAGAUAAUAUGAUUAUAGAGGAGUAAGAGUAUCACUGGAGACGCCAUCUUGAUGAUCAUGGUUCGGAGAGAAGCGAAAAAGAGAAGUGAUCAAGGCUUUGCAUAAGUAUAAGAGAGAGUUGAAUUACCUUUCAGAAAAUGAGAACGGCACCCGCCGAAAGAUAUUGACUUGUACUUAGUUAUAACAGCGACUGUGUCCGUCUUCGUUAAUAAGUAGAUGAUUGCAUGUACGAGCACGAUUACAAGGGAUCCUCACUCAUCAAAUACUCGCCAAUAGCGUACAUUACGAUAAUGAGAUAGCUGCACUCCAUGUAGCAAUCGUGCACGUGCACGUAGCAGUCCGCGUCUUGUGGGCAGCACACCGUCAUUCAUUACUCAUCAUGAAAAAACACUGCGCGAGCCUCCUGAGUGAGAUAAUAAGAGGACCGAAUGACUAUGACGUGUGCGUACUUAGUUGAUUAGUGGGCACAGUGGCGGACGCGGAUGAGGCGCAGUGUAAAUGAGAAGCAUGGAUGCACUCUUGUCAUAUUUUAUGCUUGGCAGCUCCUUCCACCAGUACUAGGAAAGUAUCUAUGACCUUAUAUUUUUUGGAAUUUGCAUUGGCGUGGCAAGAUUAAAUGUUUAAAUGCGAGGCAGCAUAUAGUACUAGCGCAAAAAAAAUCAUCCUGUAGGUGGUUCAUCAGUAAAUUCAUCAGCAGCAUUGCGGC